ACAUAUUUUAUGGGCACAGCGGAUCGACCGCCUUAUUAGAGGAGGGCGCCUCGACGGCCGGCCGGUCGUCUCCGAAGUCUCGUCGUUUCCCGCCGCAACACAAGCCGGUCAGUCGUCAACAGCGCCGCACGUCGUUAAUUUGUUUUUAUUCACCCGCUCGCGCACACACGCACGUGAACAUUUUAAAUUCACGAACCUGUAAAAUUGUAAAUUAAAAACGCAUCGACACCAAAAUAUAGUGAUAUUGCCGUCGCAUAAUAUAAUAUUGUUAUUGUCGGGCAGUGGACCGCGCAACGAUCCGUUUUCGAUAUUUUUUGACAUAGAUUCCAUAUUUCAUUCUAAUCGCAUUACUAUUGGUUUCGGUUUUUGUUGUAAGUUCGAACCGAAAACGUCCCUCCGAGUGCGGUCCGUGAAUCCAACAUCCGCACGCGUACUGCUGCAGACCAUAAUUAUUCCGACCAAGUGUCGCACGACUUCGAAACCAGCCGCUGUAGGUAUUAUAUAUUAUAUACCUGUAAACACGCGUGAGUCGUUAGCGUGGUCCAUCACCCACUGACUUCAAACCGACAUCGAGCAAACGGCGCCGUCGACGACGACAUGACGACAUCUGCGGCCUGACCCGCCAACCACUUCAGCCGAUCGUCCGUCCGACAGCAAGAACAGCGACGACACUGACACAGCAACGGACUAACAUACUCCGCUCCACGAUGAAUCGGUACACUUGCGCGGCCGUUCUGACGGUGGCCGUUGCGCUAUGCUGCGCUGUGGCCGUCACCGGAUCCGAAGAGUCAGCGGCUGCGACCGCCCGGACGACCAUGACAAUGACGACGACGGACGACGGCCACGGUCAGCUGAUAGACACGGUGGACGGGGUGUUGGACGCGGCUGACUCGUAUCAGCUGGUGCCCGGCGUCCGGAUCAAGCGGUCCGCCGAGGAUACCGCCGAUGCCACGGCCGUUUCUCAAGCCGACCGUGAUCGCGAUCCCGAGAAAUACCUGAUCGACAGGCUGGCCCGUUUCGUCGGCACGCAUGUUCUGGACGUCGAUUUUGCCGAGGUGUUCCAGACAUCUGGCAGGGCGUUCAUCAACCUCCAUCAUCUGCCUAGAUUUAACUUUGGCAAGAAUUCGUUUUUGACCGGUUUUGGAUUGGGUUUUUUGGCGUUUGGCUUGAAGAAAUUAUUGCUGCCAAUCAUCAUCGGAGUACAGAUCUUCAAAUCCGUCGCACUUGCCGCUCUGUUACCGACACUGUUGGGUAGCGUCGGAAAAGUGGUUUCAAAAGGCGUGUCGAACUUCGCGUCGAGUUCAUCGCACUUUGGGCCCAGCGCUGGUUCAGAUGGUUUGAGUGACUUUGAAUUUAAAGACCAACAACAACCAAACAUCGGCCUGGGUUAUGACACGGCUGGCGCCGCUGACACAUCGGGUUCGGAAACGGGUUACCAGAGUAUUUGGACGUAUCCGCCGGAUAACAAUGUGAAUGCGAUCACCGCGAGCUACGGAAGCAGCAACAGGUAUCCGCUGAAAUACGGCCAGAAUAGCGUAUCCGCCACCAAGCUGCAGUCGGGCAACUAUUACACCAAGGACAAGACCGAGGACUUUAAGGUGUUCCACACGAUACCUGCCAGUUCACACCUGUUGGCCAACUACGAUCCGUUUUACAGUCCACUGUUGUCCAGGAUCGACACAGUGUACAAGCAGCUCGGGUACACGACGGAACCUUGCCGGGAACGGUUGGUGUGCCAGAUGUACAAGAACCCAGCCAAAUUCGCACCGUACAGCAAUCUCGUCUCGGCGCAGCUCAGCAGAGAGCUAAACGAAUUGCGCAAACCAUCGUCCGAGAACCCGGAGAUAUUGCGAUUUUUCAAGUACAUGAAAGCCGCCAAAGACGGUCAAGACAACAAAGACUGCGAGAUGAUUUUCUCGUCAUGCGCGUCCCAAAGGUCGCCAGACGAUUCGGUGCCCAUGAUGACCACUUACAACGAGAUCAACAAACUGGUACAGGCCCGAAACGCUAAGAAACUGGCGGAAUCAUCCACAGUCUCCGACGGGGUGAAGUCGGAAUCGGCCACUGUUUCCGACGGGGUGAAGUCGGAAUCGGCCACUGUCUCCGACGGGGUGAAGUCAGUAUCGUCUACCGUCGCAGACGGCGUAAAGUCGGGAUCGUCUACAGUCGCAGAGGACGUAAAGUCGGAAUCGUCCACAGUCGCAGACGACGUAAAGUCGGUAUCUUCUACCACCACCGACGUGGAGUCGGUAUUGACACAUUGAAGUGAGUGAUGAAUAGACGACGGUUUUUUCGAUCCAUGACGCAGCGUGGCAGCAUAUAUUCAAAGUCAUUAGGAAAUAUAUACGAUACCUCGUCUAGCUCAACAUAGUUUUAUAGUUGUAGUUAUUUUGUAUAGUUACGGUUAUAGUUAGUAUGCGGAAUGCGCACAUAUAAUCGUAGGAUGAUAGUUAUUUAUUGAACGCACGGUAUACUGUUAUAAUAUUAUGUUAUCGGUGUAACGCGUGAGUCGUAUUUUUAUCAUAAUAAUAAUAAUAAUAAUUUAUUGUGUACUAUACUCCGUAAACAUAAUAUUUCGAUAAUUUGUCAUAGUUUUCGCUCCUAGUCGAAUUGGAUGCAUAAAAAUAUCAUAAUACUAUUAUAAUAUUCUAUGUUCGAUCGAAACACGCAGAGUAUCAGCGGAGUACUGGAAUCGUCGCACCUUUGACAAAUUCAUCGAAUUUUAUGUUUUCGAUACCUAUUAUUAUAUAUAUAGUUUACUGCCUAAAUCGUUUUUUGAUUUGGACACGUCUGUCGAAUUCAUCUCAAGUUCAGAUGAAAUACGAAAAACGUAUUUUGAGUCCCAUCCUUGGCACCUCUAUUUAUUUAUUAACUAAUUAUUUAUUCAUUUAUUUAUUUAUUUAUUCGAUUUUGGGUUGCUCAACUCGAAGCGUGGAAAGGAAGUACUUACGUGGAAAAACGUUUUCGAAACUGUUUAAAAUAUUAUUUAUGAUAUCGAUACAAUUAUUAUGUAAAUACAUCGAUGUUGCUUAUAUUAUGAUACCUUAUAUUAUUGGUUUAUAAUAAAUUAAUAAACAGUAUUCCUAGUUUUUAUACGAAAAACAUUUCAAGACGUUACAAAGAUUUUCAAAUACCUAGGUACAUCAUAUUAUACUGAACUCCCAAUAAUAAUUAUAAGCUAUAUAUUUUAUACGCGAUGUUGAGUUCAAAACAAUCGUGUCUACCGUAACAACUAUAAUAUAGGUAUUCGUAUUACACAGAUCUACAUUAUAAUAAUAAUUGCGUGAUAUGAUAUUAUUUGUUAUCAGUAAAAUUAAGUGCUUAAUACAUUUAUAUCAGUGAUAUUAUUAUAAUAUUAGUUAUUUAACUUUAUAUUGUAUUACAUCUUAAUUUACAGAGCAUGAAAGAUCCUAGUUAUUUUACUUUACAGGUCUAAUAUACUGAUGACUUAAUAGUGAUUUUGGCCUCAGAUAAUAAUCGUAUCAUCCACGCGUGUAUUUAUAUUAUAAUGUAAUAUUUUAUUGUUUUAAAUCAAUAUUAUUAUUAAUAUUAAUAUAUUUAUUUUGUUUUAUAAUUUUGUAAACACCAAACACACAUGAUGUAUAGCCAUACAAUGUAGAUAGAGUAUAACAUAGAAUAAUACAUGAUAGUUGUGUAUUUAUUGAUGUAUUGAGUACACAACUAUGCAUUAUUAUUAUUAGUAUUAUUAUAGUCAGUAUUUUGUAAUUUAUUUGUGCACUAAUCAAACGCAGUUGUUUUUAAAAUCAUGUUUUUUUAAUCGAAUUUAUAUUUUUUUAUAUCUUUUCGUUAAGCAUCUGUACCUUCAAAACACUUCCAUUGUUAGCUCUUAAUAUAAAAACUUUAAAUUUAAAAAUAUUUUUAUUAAUAAAUUGUGUAUCAAUAUA